GGAGUUCCAAGAGGCCGAAGGCAACGUCACCUGUUUCUUCCCUGGGCAAAAGCUGUCUUUGUUUUUGAGUUACUGACUGUUCAGGUGGGUCCAACAAUGCCAGUUAAUAUCUCCUGGCUCUCUUUCGAACCUACACGGUUUACUCCCCAGAAUACCUGCUGAACUAGAGAAGACACAAUCCCUGGAAAUGCAGUGUGCCUGGUUUGCACUAGCAAAAUUUGGGACGUUAUUCGAAUUCAGCCUGUGACUUGAACCCAGGGUGCUGCCUUCCAGUUACAGUCUUUCCCGAGAACUGUGUCUCUGAGCAGCCUUCUCAGCUUCCAUUCUUCUUUCAGAAACAGCGCCUCUUACCCACCAGUCUCACCUACUGCUGGAAGCUGCAGGACUGGCCCCCCUCUCUCCCCUGCAGCCCCCGCACCAGCUCUCUCCCUCCACAUACAAGAAACGCUGGGCUUCCAACCCCCGCCUCAUUGCCAGAUCCUUCUCCUUUCAUAGCCAAGAUCAAGAAGCAGAAGUCCUGCCCUCUGCUCCGGUCCCUCGCCUGGCCCCCACCCGGGCGACCCCACACGCACACACAGGCUCCCCCCACUCCCCCACACGCACGCACACAUGCUGAUAACAACCCCGACCCCCAGCCCACAGGCAGCAGCGCUGUCCCAAGGGCUAGCCCCCAAGCGGCUGCUUUCUGCUCUCCUCAGAGACGUUCCCCCUCCCCCGGAGGGGGACACUCCUCUACCCAGGUUUAGGAAGACACCUUUCUGGGCUUGCUCACCUAUUGAAAGCCCUGCUUCCCAGAAGUCUUCAACCUGACCCAUAUUCUUUCUGGGUAGUAAUCCGCCUCCUCAGAAGAGCUGAGGUGGGGAUCUGACCUCCCAAAAUGAGAGUUCCCUGCAUGGGGGCAGGCCCUGCUCCUGGUUUCUGAGGGUUCCGUGGCUCACGGGAAUGGAGAUGGGGGUUCAUGAAGUCCUUGUUCUGCUGCAGCUGCUGCUAGUUCACCUUGGAUUCCCGGUGUGGGGUUCUCCACAGUCGCCCUUCUGUGAAAGCCACAUCCUGGAGAGAUACAUCCUCGAGGCCAAAGAGGCACAGAAUGCUACGGUAGCCUGCUUGGAAGAUUGCAGCCUGGGUGAGAACAUCACAGUCCCUGAUACCAGAGUGAACUUUCAUACCUGGAAGAAGAUGGAGGUGGGGCAGAAGGCAGGGGAAGUCUGGCAGGGACUGACUUUGCUGUCUGAAGCUGUCCUGAAAGGCCAGGCCUUGCUGGCCAACUCUUCCCAGACACCAGUAGCUCUAAAGCUCUUUGUGGACAAAGCUGUCAGCAGCUUGAGAAGCCUCAGAUUCCUGCUUCGAGGACUAGGAACACAGGAGGAAGCUAUCUUUGUUCCCAAUGCCCCAACAGCAGUUCCGCUUCGUACCUUCACCGUAGGGACUAUGGACAAACUUUUUCGAAUCUACUCCAAUUUUCUACGGGGAAAGCUCAAGCUGUUUUGGAGAGAAGCCUGCCAAAGCCAGGAGAGGUGACUAGUUACUCCUCCACUCCACUUUAGGCACAUGCACCAGCCCGUCCUACUCAAUGACACUGCUUGGGUCCGUCUGUGCCGUCACUGAUACCAGCACUCUCCGGGAAGCCGAGGCAACAGGGCCAGCCAGCUCCUGGACACACCAGGCCUGAGGAAGAUGCCUGAAGAGCCGAAGAAACUAAUACUCAAUUCUGAGUCCUGAGAUGACCACAAUGUCACGACAGAAAACUAUGAACUGAAGGAAUCCAGCUCUAAAUUGCACCAUGAGAGAAAAAUGCCUUAAUUCACCUUGGAGACACAAUGAUGCCAUUGCAGAAUUUUACAAGAAGAUGCUUUUAUCUGGGACCCCGGAACAGGGAAGAAGCAUUCCGGAACUUAGAUGGCAAAUAGCCUGUUCUCGAGGCUUGGCUAACAUGUGUUAGCCAAAGACUUGUAGGUGGAAGAACAGAAGAGAGAAUGGGGUCCCAGAUAGGGUAUCCUUGGUGUCCAAUUUUUUGGUCUUAUUUUUUUAUAUUUAAAAACUUAACUGCCAAGAAUUGAAAAUACCCAAUGUGACUUGGCUUUUCCAGUUUCCCCUUUGAUCCUGGCCAUUUAAAUUGUACUGCGUCUCUGUAGGUCCCGGCCCGGCCGGCAGCCCUGGGAAGCACGGAGGUUACAAGGGUCAGGCCCUACGUGCCGCCUCAUCCAAUCUGCCUGACUUCUUGACCCCACUGGGCCUGAGACCACAGGCUCAACCCCUGUGGGUCAAUAACCUGUCUCCAUUCAAGGUUGUUCCCCCGGCAACAGCUGCCAAUUUCUGGCGGGAGAAACCUUUUAAGGGAAUGAGGGGGUGGGAAAAGCACUAACUGGGGACUGGAGGCUACUCCCAAUUAAGGCAAUUAGACACUUUCCUCACUGCUUCUUCUGCCGGUGGCCAGAUUUUGGCUCUACCUCCGGUCUCUGCCACCAUUCUAGAAUGCAAGCAUCCCAGUAUCAAGUUACACUACCUACCUCAGUUUCCCUAUGUUUAAUUUAAUUCAGAAUUUUGUUUCCUUGCUGGUGUUUUUCUCUUUGCUCCCUAAUAUAACAUAUCCCUUCAGGCAUAAUGGAAAAGAGGCUUUGGAACACAACCCACUCCUCCACAAUUCACCCUCAGAUUCUCCUUAUUUUUUUAAAAAACUGUAUUGAAGCUUUUUGCUGUUAUAU